AAUAUACAUAUGUUUUUGACUUUUUGUAAAGUGACGUGAAAAUGUCUCGUACGCAAAAUAAUAGAUGUUAUUUUCAAUGAAACGAUAUAAUAUUGCAAUGAAAGCAUGCAUGUCUAGCUCCAAACAUCUUACCAAAUCCUUUUGAAACAAAUCGUAUGAAAUUAGUCAAUCACUAUUUCAUUUUAUCCAUUGUGAUGUGACCUUUAGGCAUGGAAGUAUUCAAGGCUCCCAGUUGUAUUGAAAGACGGAAAAACGACGAUAUGUAAGAUAAUUGCUCAUUUACAUUAGGUAUGACCGAUGGCUAUGUCUGAGCUGAUAUAAAAUCCAUUAAAUAUAUCAAAACAAAUAUCCCCAAAUAACAUUCUGCUUAAAAUUUUCUGAUGAACUGCUGAACAGAGAUGGCAACGAUAAUGUACCCCACUCUAACAAAAUCUCAAAGUAUGCGCUCCAAACGGAAGUCCGCCGUCGAACUCUUGGCUGAGAGCAAAUCAUUUUAUGUCAAGUCUGAGGUUGUGAGGGAGACCACCCAGGUUCUACCAAUGCGCCCAACAUCAACUUAUGCAUCGUAUAGGACAUACCAUCGUAGUAAAUCGGUGAACGUCGCCACGCACAAUCCUAACUGCAAGCCUCCCAGUAAUGCUACAGUGUUACCACAAUAUAUGGCCGUCUCUCCAUCGCGAUCUUUGCCGCCAAUCACGCAUCGUCGCUCAGUACAUUCAACAAUUCAAGUGGAGAACAGUGAUCGCCUACAAACGAGGCUCAGACAGUUGCUUGUUUGUGGUGACAGUGCUGAAGAACUUAGUGUAGAUGAGGUGGCACCAUUGAGUCCUCCAGCUGAAUAUGCUCAACAGAGAUGUCACAAGAGCCUGCCAGACCUUCACUGUCGCGAUGCGAGUAGUAGCAACAAGAGCAGUAAUAAGAGUUUGUCUAACAGGGACAGUGGCGGAUCCAGUGGACAUUAUACUCAGAGGAGCGAACCGCCACCACCCACUAGACAAGAAAUUCGUCGUGACUCGGGUUCAAGUACCCAGCACAGCGGCGGUUCAUCCUACUACUGCUGCCAAGAGCCCGAGUGCUGCCGCCAGCAACAACAACCACAACAAAGGCCUGUGCAAACCGCCUACGGUCAACCGCCUCCAUGUGCAAAUUCGGCGGUGUUCAAGAGACAGAAGUGUCUUAGGUAUAAGCAACGGGAUAAACCUAUACUCAGAUCGAAGAGCGACAUCAGUGACAGGUAUUGUUGGAGACCUGUACCACCAACGCCGGUUCAAAGUAGUGGGAUGGAGUCACCACAUUCGUCUUCCGCGGUGCAUCAUCUGCAUCAGUUUUUCGAGCAUCUUGGAUUGACCAGUGACAGUUACGAGGAGAUGCUGAGCACCAGCGGCUCAUCGACUAGCCCGGUGUUCUUCUCAGACGUGUCGACAGUAGAUUCAAGCCGUGCUGUGGACAAUGUCGACAGUUGCCCCCCUCAAGGGGCCGCGUAUCGCUCUAAUGAUCCUCCCUCGAUCGUGGAACGCAACGCGAGGAUCAUCAAAUGGUUAUGUAACUGCAGGAAGAUGCAGCAGCAACAGCAGAUGGCCUCCUGACAACAGUACCUGCCACCGGACAGCUACGAUUGUUAUGUGUAACAGGUAUUACGGUAGAUUGAGGUACGGAUUUGUGUAGGGUUCUUUCCAGCAAUGAUUCUGAGAGGCCUGUGAUUUUUCACAGUGGACGAGUUUUAGGCCAAGCGGUGGGCUUACAACUUGGUACUCAAAGUUGUAUUCAAACGUUACGACUCGAUUCUAGUAGUUUUGACAAUGAUAAUCGAGUGAUACCUAAAGCAUUUCUGGUGACUUGAAAAAGUUUCAAACCAUAAAAUAUCUAUGUUCCUUGAUACGGAAGGAUUCAAAAAAUACAAGCUAUACUAAAAUUAUUGUUCAAAGAUGACCAAAGUAUGCAAUCUGUAUUCAGAAUCGCUUAAGUAUAUGGUACAGGAUAUGAUAACGACUCUCAGCUUCCGAGUCGUUAUCUUCAAUUACGACUGCGAGUGGCAAGAUUGUAAUCCCCAAACAGAUACGAUAAGACUUUACCUAAAAGAAAAAUCAAAGUUUGUUAAUAGAGAGAAUAGUUGAACCAGGGUUAUUUAUCGGCAGCCUACAGUUUACAGUUAUAAAGUGUUGCCAAUAUUAGAAAAUUUUUGCAACUUCAAAUAGCGCAUACCUAAACUUUAGUAUUCACAUUCAAAUCAUCAGAAGUGAAUAGGUGUAUUAUGUGUAAUCGUUAUCGUUUACGUAUGCGAUAUAUAUAUAUUUGUGAUUUCCAAAACUCACUAUUAAGCUUACACUUUUCCAUUGUCCAAAGAACCCACAUCUGAACUGGAGUAAAACGUAUUUGCGGAAGGUUACCGUUGGGCAGAUUAUACUAAAUUCAUUUUCGACAUGCAGUCAGUCAAAACAAUGAUCGCUGUAUCUUCAAACCCUCGGUAACGGAAAUAACAGAUCUGGAUCACAAUUUACUUGACGUGCGUGCUGCAAUAGUUUAUCCAAGUGUUUCAUUGCUAUAUAAAUAAGUUUAAUGCAAGAAAAAAAAACUACAGUAUAUGGUCCUUUGAGGAAACAUCAAUUAUGACAAAUUUUUGUAAACACCUUCAUGGCAUAGCACCUUAUACCCCAUCUCAUUUACAUCUACUGCAACUCGAACAUGAAUUUGGUAAGGUUUAACAUCUUUCCCCAUUAAAGGACUUGGGUACAAACUGAAUUUGAAUCAAAGGGUCAAUUGGAACAGGUAGUACUAUGAUAUCUGUAUCUGGCCUGGUAUAUGCAAAUUAAGUGGGAAGCUUAUUUUAAAUCUAAGGUGAAAUUGUAACAAUGGAUGACCAGACUCUAAAUUUAUCUCGAACUGGUAGAGUUUACCCCAGACUUUUUUGUACCAAGAAGGCUCAUAGCAUAACGUCGACUUUAGAUUGUUUGGCUAAAUAUAUUUACAAAGGUGUAUCAUUUUCCUGGAAUAGCUCUAUAACUUAUCAAGAUUGCCGCUCGAGGCUGUGCCUGCUAUAUAAAUCAACUGAGAACCUCACAAACUCCUUUGCAAAGUUUCCUCGUUAUACAAGAAUUUUAUUUAGUGUGGUUGCCCUCGCUUGACAUCCUUUUGUCGGCGCGAUUUCAUCAUGAACAGUAAAUUUUGCAUAAAAAAUGGAAAAUCACCUACAUAAGCACUAAAUUUGCUUAGGUAAGUUUAUGGUAUUGAACGGUUCUCAAAUUUUUGAAUGGCAAGGCCGAUUCUAACAAUGAAGAAAGUUGUUGGAUGACUAUCGAUUUGGAACAUCUUCUACAAGCAUCGUACAACAAAACGUUGAGAAAAUUCGUCAUUAAAAAAUUUGAGAACAACUCAUCGUUUCAUCACCAUAAACUAGUCGAAACAUAUUUAGGUGAUUUAUAUGCGAUUUUCUAAGUUUCACGCAAAAUGCUCUUUGCUCAAACUUUUCAUUCAUGAUGAAAUCGCCGUCAGAGCGAGCACACAAACCCUGGAUGAGGCUGCCAUCUGUUGGAAAGUUACAGAGCUAAUCAGGGAACCUUUUAAUACACCUACGUAUUUGGCGGCGCUUAAUAAUGAAGAAACGUUUUGCUAGAAUUGUCCGAGAGUCAUUGACGAUUAACAAAUGGAGCAAAGUUUUUUUUGCGCGCCGUUGGUCUGUAUCGGGAAAUAGUUGCCCAGUAUGAUUCAGUAAGUUUUUCGAUAAUAAAAACAAUAAAUUGAGCACUGCUAGUGACGAUUCUUUGUGUGGUCGAAACUAUUCGAUCUUAUUGUUAGUAAGAAUCGGUUAUGAAUAUCAAAUAUCCUUAGAAUAAGGGUAGUACGAGUAUACUAAUGUAUGAAAGACAACCCCUAAUGCAAGCGCAGUAAAGAAUGUUCAAGUGACUUUUUUUACAUGUUUUGCAGUAAGUUUCAUAUUACGAAUUAAGUUUGUAAUCAAUUCUUUACAGCUGGAAAACAGCUUAAUCAAAACUUCAAAAAAUGUGUUAUAUUCAUUCUUCUAUCGCUUCGCCCCUACCCCGAUUGUUUCAAUUUUUUAUAUUUGAAAAUCUAUAAGCUACUAUGUGACAUAUUAUGAAGUCUGCUAUUAUUGUCUUACUUUAAAUUCAAACAGUUGAUCAAAGCAGUUUACUUCUUAUCACGAAAGUCGUGAAAUGUCAUUUAAAUAUUGUAUUAAUUUUUAUGCGUUAUCAAUUUACAUUUCUGGCGUGUUUCUAAUACCAUUCUGAAAAAUACUUAGUUUUGACUCAUAUCGUGGGUAUUCAUGACUUAAAUUGUUUAAAAAUUAUUUAAAAUGCUGAAACAACCUUCUGUCUCAGAAUUGACAUUUUUUGUGCAAUAUGUGGAACGUGGAACUGAAACAUUUCUGAGAUUUCUCAAUAAUCCCUUGUGGUGAAGCAGUCUCAAAAUAAAUUUUUACAAUGAUAUUCUAGUCACAUUGAAAAUCUUGAAACACAUGCAAUAUAUUACAAUAUUUGUAUAAAAGACAAAUUGUACCCUGAAAGUCGGAAUAAUUGUCAUAUGCUUAUGGACAAUUGGACUAUGGUGAAUUGUUAUACGGAUGAGCGUUCUAAACUCAUGGUAUUGUUACUACGACUAAUAACAUACAUAUAGAUUAAUAGUGUUAGGCAUACGUGUGUAACAGAUAAAAAACGUACGAUUUUUCUCACUCGUGAUAUUAGAGUAUAAUGUGUGUUCAACCGUGUAUUAUGUAUAAUCUGGAUUUUGACAUGGAUUCAUUAUAUACAGGUCAAACAUUACAUAUGUGUAAGACAAUGAGCCAAACAUUAACUUUUGUAUUGUUUUUAUUGACAGAUAAAUACAAAUAUCUUGCAUACAUCUUUUGAUUUAGUUUCGAGACAAUAAUUGAUUGUGGACACCAAAGACAGAUUAUAAAAGACAUAGACUGUAGAUGUUCUUACUCGGUAAAAUUACAAGUGAAAGUGCUGCCCUGGGGGGGGGCUAGUUCUGAACUGAACCAAGUGUGCGCAGACCGAAAUUACCGUUUCAAUGGAAAAUGGAACUGAUUCUGUAACUGGCAGUUGUCUGUUCCAACAAAUCCCGUAUUGAUUCCGAACCGGUUCUGGUUCUGUGCAUAGCUGUUUUUUUCCUCUCUCUUUAUUGUGCCGUUUACUACACAUAUUCAUAAAAUGGAUGACGAUGAUGGUUAUUUUGGAACAAAUUUAGGUGAAGGUGAAGAUCUUGAGCUGAUUAUAGGGGUCCAAGAACCAGAAAUGAAAAUUACAUCUGGGCAAGGUGUCAGGUGGCCGGCUCAAUGGUUUUUGGGUAAAAUCCUGCCACAAAACCACACGGAAUUUAAAACAUGAUAAAAAUAAAUUAUAUUAUGGAUUUGCUGUUUAUUAUUAGAUAACAAUACAAACUAAUAGCAUUUUCAGAGGGUGAUUACAGCAAACGUUUAAAUAUUACAAAUUAGUCUACUUUGCAAGUAUGUCCAUUUUCUCAAGAAAUAUAUUUGCCCUACUUAUUUCCUGCCUUGCCCUUUAGGCAAGCGAGGCUACCCAGCGCCACCUCACCCGGCCCUGACACCCUAGGCAGUCGACUAGUUCGUCUGGUAAAGCCGAUUUAUUUCACACAGCUCUACUACAUUCCGAGCUAAUUUCACGACUAAUUCCAACAAACUAAUUUAGUUUUGAAUUCUCUCGAUGUCGCCACCAUUAAUGUUAUCAAAACUCCACUUAACUUCCUUCUCUGCUACUGUAAAGGCAAAAUGAUUUUUAAAUUUUACUUCAAUUAAGGGUAUCAUUACGACAAGAGGUUAUGGUUACGACAACAAGCCAUUUAAUUUUCUGUUCGUAACUAGUUGUGAACUGUACUUACCUCGGGCAUGCGCAGAUAAAUAAUUCGGAAUUAGUUCGGAACUGCUUGUUGGAACAAACGUAAUGGAUCAUGCGUUCACGAUUUUUUCACAGUUCGAUAAAAUGGCAGAUGACAAAGUAGGAGUCUGCUUGAAAAUACUUACUUUUUUUCGUUAUUUUCAACAUCCGUCAUAAAACCUCCCCUUCCCAACCUACCGCUAGGACUGAUACAAUUCUCUUUAACUUAGGCAUCGAUGGGCUUCUUUAGUAUCCUUAUUUAGAUCACAAUAAUGGCUCUCUCUGUUCCUGUUUUCUAGUUCAUAUUUGUUAUUAACAUCCGGGAUAGCUGCAACCAGGCCUAUGUUGCCAUCGAACGUAAAGAAAAAAAUAUAUAGUACGAGUAUAUUUUAUAACUGGUUAUACUACUAUAUUUCUCAAAUAUUAUCAUCCUUGUCGAACUCCAGGUACUCUAGAGAUAACUGCAUUUAUUAAGGUGAUAUUGAAUAAUUAGUCCUUAGGAUUCUAUAAUUAUGUGAAUGAUUUUUCAUUCGCAUGGAACCCCUCUGCAUGUUCUAAAACCCAACCUGGUUGCUUUUUUUUAUUGGCCGCGCUUUAUCUGGACAGUAAUUUUAGACAUUUUUUUAAAUGGUGGCAAAGUGUUAGAAAAAUAUGUUCAACCAUUGGCUCGGUAUAGCGCGGUUAAAUAGAUUAUGUUUAUCAUAUCAUAUUUUGGGUUCCCUUGCUCAUUGAACAGAUAACUUUCAUAUACAGGGAAAAAAAUUGCCUGACGGUUUCUGUUCAUUGUGUACUAGAGAGAAGCGCGAGAAGUGUGUGUCAGCACAGGUUAGAAAGAGAUAGAAGUCGACUGAAGAGCGAAGGUCAUCACUUCAUUGCCUGGCAACGGUGACGCAGAAGGUCGUGCAUUCUGCCGCAUUGUCAAUAUGUUACCAGAAAAAGUUCGCACAGGCUGCUACAAUGGGUUCGGUUACUGUCAAACCCAAGAAGUAGGUCUGAUCAAACAUUCAAUUAAAUAUAUUGUUUUCAUUUUGAUUAGAAUUAUUUAUUUCAAUUUUGAUGUGACUGAGUGUUUUAAUUUAUUUUAGAAUUAUCUUUAACUUAACUUAUCCUGAGUUAUUGUUACUGGGUACUCACCAAAAUUGUCCAUCUAUGAUCAUGUAGGUGGAAACCUUGCGUUGGAAUGUUCGAGACGCGGUGUUAUCAAACGAACCAAUGAUGCAAUGUUGCAGAAUUUUUAGUGAUCCUGACCUUUCAAUUCGACCAAAAAUGGAGCGCUGGUUGGACCGAUCCGGAAUCGAUUCGACACAAUUAUCAAUUCAAAAAUGUGUACGGUCAAAAUAAAACCAUUAUUUGGGCGUAAAGAAUAGACUAACGCAUAUUUUCAAGAUGCGUCUCAAGUCUAGGAACUGGUGUAAUAUAUUGGCGACGCGGCAAAUUGCCGCGUCAGCGUUGCUAGGCAACGCGGUGAUGAGCUUCGCUAUCCAGGCGUGUCUAUACACACUUUUCUCUCUCGUACACAUUGAACUCAAGCCGUCAGACAAAUUUGGUUCCCAGUGUAUAAUAACAUUUAACGAUAUACCCGUAGAACUCAAACUCUGAGAAAAGUUUGUGUUUAAACCUCUUUUGGUGCUGUAAACCUGUAUUAUUUUCUGCUGUACGAAAUUUGUUCUCUAAUAAUUAUUUUAUCAGUAUUUUUCUGCAUUUAGAAUUUUUACAAAUCAUUCCUUUAGCUGAUGAAAAUUAUGAAAUAAUAAUACUCGAAUAUUCAUCAUCAAUCAUUUGAUGAACAAACUACUACACAGUUUGUUGGUAAAACUAAAAUGUUUAAUUUUAAAAAUGAUCAUAUUUAUUAAAUUAUUAAAUUUGAAUAGACAUUUGGUGCUUUUUUCAAAUUAUGUUUUUUGACUUAUGAUCUUGCUAACUAGUCUUAACAAAUACUGCCGCAAAAGAAAUGAAUGCAUUUUGAAGUGGUACUUUUGUAUCAGCAAACUGUUAUAUUAAUGAUUUUAAAAAUAGCCAAGGCUUAAUCAAUAAUAUUAGGUUGUGAACAUUGUAUGGGAUAUAUCUCAACCAAUUAAGCCACAUGUGUUACAGACAUAGGAUGACUAAUUAAACACUGUGUUUUACCAUUGAUUAUUAUAUAUAGUGUAUAUUUCGGCGUCCAAAAAUCAUCCAAGAUGAAAUGAGAUACCAAAUCUACUUUGAAAAAAUUAGUGCCUCUUAGAUGGCUCUUUAGCCAAUAGGAUCAAAUUUAUACAUAUAGCUAACCUGACCUUUUCAAAGUAGAUUCCUAAUUAUCGCGGAGAGGAGAAACGUAACUGUGACAAAUUCUCAUAGAUGACGCCAUGGUAUCCCAUUUCUUCUCGCAUAAUGUUUUGGACGCCGAAAUCCAGUAUCAGGUUGACUAUCUUCGAUAGAGUGCAUUAAUUAACGGUUUUUCUUACGAAUACCCAGCUGCUGAAGGAUGAAACAUCCACAUUGAAAAAUGAAUUCGAAACAGAUUAUACAGAAAUGUGUGGUAUCUUUGUCGGAAAAGUACCUUGCUAUAUAAAUAUAUACCCUAUUUCACGAGUAUCCAUCACGCUUUGACGUUUACCGAGGUAAACAGCUGAUCAGCAAGUGACAUUUUUGUGUUAGUUUGCAACGUUGGCAAUAAUGAAUCGAGUGUCAAUCUAGUAAAACUUGUAGCAUUUUGUAAAUGGAUUUUUCUAAAUAAAAGAGCUUUUAGCAAGUACAAAAUGAAUCUGUAGCGUACAAAAAACCAAAACAAAAUAUGGCUCUGUCUACCUGGCACUGACGGAUCCGUCAGAAUUAUGUGUCGCUUCCCGAUAUGGGGAAUUUUGAAAUAUUACUAGACAAUCAGAUGUCAUUCUACCGUAACGGAUAUUCGUGAAAAAGAUUAUAAACACUUGCACUGUUGUAACCUAAUCUAGCUCAAAAUAUUGACGCAUGCUGAAGAUAGGUUCUAAAUUUAUAAAUGUAUAUUUUUAUUGGACCAACAUUUCAUCCUUAAACAGUUUGAACUUAUUAACACUAUUCUUCUAAUAUUGUACUAGGAAGUAAACUGUAAAAUUAAAAACAAUCUCUUGCAGUUUAUUUUCGAGUUGAGCACAUGACAUCAAUUAUUGCGUGUAUACUCGAUUUGUUUUUAGGUUUGGUUAGUAUGGUAUAAAAGGUAUUUUGGCGAAAUAUAAUGUAGGAAUUCUAUUGAUACUUUUUGUACGUUUUUAUAUAUCGUUUCUCGAGUGAUUGCAAAAAUAUAAAAUAUUUCUGAAACAUAUAACCUAGUUAUCAUGAAAGUUAAAAAUACAUUAUUGCAAACAAACAUACAUCAUUGGCAAGUAUUCUUUCUUUCAAGUGUCGAUGCAGUCCAUUCUAGAAUUUCAAUUUUCGAGGACAUGUCAGUUUUCGAAAUAACAACCAGACUGCGGGAAACAACAAGUAGCUUAUUCCUCAUUUCGGUCCGAUAAAUUGGUUGUCUCUAAUGUAUGUCAGACAUCUAGAUUUUUACCUUUGGGACUAAGAAUACAAUUGGGGAAUUUCCAUUAUUUUCUAUUGCUGCGUAUAUUUAGUAGUAUUAACACGGAUUUUCUCUCUCUCUAUCUUAUGAUGCAUUUUAUCAGUCACUAACAUUUUAUCUACACCUUGGGAAAAAACAUUAUUAUACAUUAUGAUGAGGAAGAGAGAUGGAAAUAUACAAAAGUAUGUAGGUGCGUGAAAGACACUCGAUUGUAGGAUCCUAUGUGGCAGCGUCGGAGUGUGACGGACAACGGGGUAAAGUAGAAGAGUGAUAAAAGAGAGAGAUGGCAGAUCGGGCGCUGGCGCCUACCGCUUAGACGGAUGCGCUCAACAAAUGCGAUUUGUUUCUCCCAUUCGCAGAGUUGCCGAUACCAAUAUGUCAUAUUUCUAAGAAAUCUAAGUCUACCCAAAUUUCGGGAAAAAUAGCUGCGGAUUCCACAUAAGAGUAUUCCAAAAAUGAAAAAAGUUCAAACUAUUAAAAUUGUAUUAAUGUUUCAUGUUUGUAUAUUGUUGUAUAAAUGAUUUUGUAAUCCCUAUUCUUGUUGCCAGUAGAGAUACAACAGUAUUGAGAGAAAUCAUGGACCGCUAGAUAGGGCUACAACUACCAUAUGACUAUCAAAUAGUAGUGAUAAACAGGGUUUGUUUAUAGCACAGUUGCCUGGUGUGGCGAAUUUGCGCCAUAGGGGCGAUUUGACAACUUUGAAGGACAACUAUAACGGUUACUAUUGUGCCCGGUAUUCGGAAAUCUGGCAAUACCUGAUGAUUCCUAACGUUUAUUACGCCAGAUUGUUUGCUGACUUGCGCAGUACAACAUGACAAUCAACGUGACUGAGCACUUGGUAACCCUGGUUUAAGGUGUUAUAUUUAAAGAGCUUGGGGCAGUUAGGUAUCUAGGUCACAUUUUUAAUGUAUUUCGAGAAAUCCGUAAUGUUGAGUAAAUACUAGAUCACGUUUCUUGCUUAGUUUGCUGAAAAUUCUACAAUAGACGUACAUUUAGAGAAACAGAGAUUUGGUGACGACAAAAUCGUAAAAAUAUAACGCAUUUUCGUAAAAUAAUUUCUUUGUUGAAAAGACUGUGGCUUGAUGACCCAUUGAACGAGUAUAGUGUCCCGCUCCGCUUUGAAUAUUCGAAACACUAUACUCCAGCAACAUUCAGCUUCAAUGUUAUCUUUAUGACGUUCUAACGUCUAGGCCAUGCUGAUUAAAAGCUUGAAUGAAUCAACACUUAACUCUAAAUUCCCCACAAUUCGGGAAGCUCUACUCAAAUUGGCAACACGUAUCUGCCUAUUAUUCUCAUUCGUGAUACAGGUCUGCGGUUAACGGUAGGAAAUAUGUACGAAUAGCGAUGAAAGUAGACGAGCCUAUGCGCUGUUGUCACGAAAUGAUUUCCCAUGUAUAACAAUGGUUUUUCCUAAGGUGUAUACAUUGUACGUUAUAUCAUCCUGUAAAUGGAUUUUAUUUAAAAUUGAAUUUCCAAUUACCAGCAGUGAUGGCCAACAUAUGAAAACUCAAUUUUCAAAAAACACUUUUUUUGUUUCAUAACAAAAAUUAUUAUAUUUUUAUUUUUUAUACUCUUGGAAAAAACCUCUAAAUGGAUCGCCCAUAAUAAGUGUCAGAAACUUAUCGUUUUGCAAUGAUUCUAGAAAAAAGUUAUGGGAGUGUUCUUUAUUCUCCCAACAAAAAUCAUAGUUUUAUAUGUGAUAGAGCCAUGUAAUGGAAUUGUCACUUUAAAGCCCUGAUGUCAUGUAACAGGGUGGUCUAGUCUGUUCUUAGUGCUGUCUUAUAUUGUUUCUGUACACAUAUACCUAUAAAGCAUAGCUAUGUUAUUAUACUUAUGCAUCCAAUAAAAGAUAUGAC